AUGCCCGGCCCAGACGGAAAACCCUCGUUGCUCGAUCAGCCUAUGCCAUCGUCUUUUGACGAGAACAACGAAUUUUACGAUGAGCGCGUUCUUCACAAGGCCUUCCGCAAGCUCAAGGAAGAGCCUCUGAUUCCUCUUGGCUGUGGUCUGACCGUCUUCGCCUUCGUCAAUGCCUGGCGCGCAACCCGCCGCGGCGACGCCAGACAAGCCAACAAGAUGUUCCGGGCCCGUGUCGCCGCCCAGGGCUUCACUGUCUUCGCCAUGCUCGCCGGUAGCAUGUACUACAACAAGGACCGCGAACGCACCGCCGAGCUGCGCAAGAUCAAGGAGGCCAAGGACGCCGAGGAGCAGCGCCAGCGCUGGAUCCGUGAACUCGAGGCCCGCGACGAGGAGGAAAAGGCGCUCAAGGCGAGGAUGUUGCAGAGGAGAGCGAGGCUCGAUGCCAAGAACACUGGCGAAGAUACGUUGGCCGAGGGAGAGCAGGGCAAGACUGGGGGUGUCCUCGGCGCGCUGGGCUUGUCGGCGUGGAAGAAGCCUGAGGAGGGAGACGCUACUGCAACUGAGAAGCCGGCUGAGGAGAAGGCGCAGAAGAAGGAGAAUCCGAAGAGCUCGCUUGGUGCCAUUGGCGAGAUUUACGGCAGAAAGCCGUCGCCGUCGUCAGCCGAAGGGUCAUCAGAAGAGCCCAAGAAAUAA